AGGUCAUCAUCUGAACAGAAUACAGCUCACAGGGAUCAGUCUUUCCAGCCUCUUGAUCCAGUCAAGCGUUUAUUUGGCACCGAUAAUGAAGUGUAUCUGGAGAGCGAAUUGUGAAACGUUGAACUUCUGUUUUUAUAUUGAUUUUAUUUGUUUACAUUUUAUUAUGUUAGUGUUAUUACAUAUGUUGACUUUGGACUAAACACAGCGGACUCGCGUUGUUUGGUGUGCUAGUGAUUUGGUGCUCGUGCUUGAACCGUACAUCAGUGGCGUGUUUUUCGGUGUGUCCCCGAUCGUGGUCAGUGCUGUACAGCGGUUCAUGGUCACCCGUGCGUAACCAAUCACAUGGCCGCUCUGGAGUGAAGCAAGCCUCGCCACAGAACCACAGGUCGACCCACUCCCGUCCUCCACAUCGCAGCGAUGCCUCCCGGUGUUGUAGCCCCGUCUCCACGGAGCUCUCCGGUCCGGUGCUUCUACGCCUUGACACCGUACUUCAUAGAGGACUCUGUCAUCUCCCAGAGCAAGAUUGAUCAGCUUAUCAGUGAGAGCUUCCUGACAGUGAAAGGUGCCGCCCUCUUCCUGCCCCGGGGAAAUGGCUCCUCCCCUACCUCUGCUUCCCGCUUCGCUCAGCUUCGCAGCAAACAUGCAGGUGACCUCCAGCAGCACCUGCAGACCAUGUUCACUCUCCUCCGACCAGAGGACAAUAUCAAACUGGCUGUCCGGUUGGAGAGUACCGUGUACCAGGGGACUCGUUACAUGGUGGUGGUCUCCACUAACGGCCGUCAGGACACCGAGGAGAGCUUGGUGCUGGGUAUGGACUUCAGUCCUGCAGACAGCUCGUGCUCGGUGGGGCUGGUUCUCCCUCUAUGGAGCGACUCACUGAUACACCUGGAUGGAGACGGGGGUUUCAGUGUGUCCACUGAUAACAGGAUCCAUGUAUUCAAGCCGGUGUCGGUGCAGGCCAUGUGGUCUGCUCUGCAGUCGCUCCACAAGGCGUGUGAGGUGGCUCGUUGCCAUAACUACUUCCCGGGCAGCCUGUUCCUGACCUGGGUCAGCUACUACCAGAGCCGGGUCUCCUCUGACCAAUCACGCAUCAACGAGUGGAACGCCAUGCAGGACGUCCAAUCACAUCGUGCCGACUCUCCCGUGAUGUUCUCUGACGUGCCGACGGAGAGAGAGAGGACAGAGCGGCUCAUCAAGACUCGUCUGAGAGAGAUCAUGAUGCAUAAAGACCUGGAGAAUGUCACCUGCAAAGAGAUCCGCACAGAGCUGGAGGUGCACAUGGUGUGUAACCUGUGUGAGUUUAAGGAGUACAUAGACAAGGAGAUGAUCCUGAUCCUGGGUCAGAUGGACAGUCCCACUGAGAUAUUUGACCAUGUUUACCUGGGCUCUGAGUGGAACGCAUCCAAUCUGGAAGAGCUGCAGAACAGUGGUGUGCAGUAUAUUCUGAACGUGACGAGGGAGAUUGACAACUUCUUCCCAGGUGUGUUUGAGUAUCAUAACAUCCGUGUGUAUGAUGAGGAGGCUACAGACCUGCUGGCCUAUUGGAACGACACCUACAAGUUCAUCUCCAGAGCCAGGAAAGCAGGAGCUAAGUGUUUGGUUCACUGUAAGAUGGGUGUGAGUCGCUCUGCGUCCACGGUGAUAGCCUACGCUAUGAAGGAGUACGGCUGGGACCUGGAGAGAGCAUUCAACUACGUUAAGGAGCGACGUGCUGUCACCAAACCUAACCCCUCCUUCAUGAGACAGCUAGAGGAGUACCAGGGCAUACUGCUGGCCAGUAAGCAGAGACACAACAAGCUGUGGCGUUCCCACUCGGACAGUGACCUAUCGGAGCACCACGAGCCACUAUGUAAGACCGUCCAACACCCCCACACCCUGGGCCGCUCCGACCCUCGUAACCAGGGUAACAGCCCCGCCGCCCUCUCCCUGCAGGAGCUGCUGCAGCCGCUGGGAUCCCCCUCCAACACGGGCCAGGUGGUGCGGUCCAUCUCUGAGUGUGGGACCCCUUCUAGUGCAGGGAAGGUGGUACAGUCCAGUAGCCUGCCCAAUGCUACUGCUACCCAGGAGAAUAAUCUGGACACUAACCAGGAGACUAGGACUGAUGCUCUGUUGACCUCCACAACUGGGGACCAGUCAUUGGGUACUGGGGACCCGUCAUUGGGUACUGGGGACCCGUCAUUGGGUACUGGGGACCCGUCAUUGGGUACUGGGGACCCGUCAUUGGGUACUGGGGACCCGUCAUUGGGUACUGGGGACCCGUCAUUGGGUACUGGGGACCCGUCAUUGGGUACUGGGGACCAGCCAUUGGGUACUGGGGACCAGCCAUUGGGUACUGGGGACCAGCCAUUGGGUACUGGGGACCAGCCAUUGGGUACUGGGGACCAGCCAUUGGGUACUGGGGACCAGCCAUUGGGUACUGGGGACCAGAAUCCUUCAACAGCAGCAGCUACUACUGCCUCCACUGGUUCCCAGGCCCAUGGGGAGUCUGUGUGUUCCCAGUCACCCCCUCUCUCCAACGGCCUGUGUGAUUAUGAAGAGGACCACUCAACCCCUCUCCCUCAGCCGCGGGCGGCCACCGUGGUGCCUGGCAUUUCCACUGUCACCGUGGCGGAGACCGUGCCGGUCAGGCGCCCUCAUCCGCCCCCUAUCCAACACCACCUUGUCUCCCCCGCCGCCGUUCCAACCUCCUCCGAUGAAGACGAGACUCCGAAAGCCAAGGAGCCGUCCACCACCUUGCCUAAGGAAAAAUGCUGCCAGCUGCAGGUGACACCAUCCGUGCCUGAGUCAUCGUCAAUGACCCCGGAAACAAGCACACAAACAGCAGGACUACAAGAGCCGUCCACACCAGUGCCUGACAAGAAACUAGACUGUGACCAGCGGUUACCUGGGGCAUCAUUGGACAGUUCAGCAUCCCAACAGGACCCUGCUCUCGAGGCGGAGGGGUCCUCGGCUCUCAGCACAGACCACAUCAACUUCUUCAGCGCCAGAGAGAAGUUCCAGGGCCUGACUCAGGAUGGGAGGACCCGUUGCCUUUCUGAUCAGGCACUGCAGCAGACACCUCAGCCCAUACCCAGGGAUCCAGGACAGGAGCAGCAGGAGGACCCCUCUGUUGUGGCGACUGGGGAGGGAGAGGAGGAGGUCGAGGAGAGGAAGAGGGAGAGCAUUGUCUCUGUUCACCUCAUAGUCACAGAACUGGAGUCCAUGACGCACACUGUGGCCCCUCCCCCUGGCCCUCCCAGCCAACCAGAGCCUACUGCUUCCCAGGACCACGAAGUGGGUCAGUCAAACCAGGAAGUAGAGGGCAAAGAUGCAGAGUCACAGCAGGAAGUGGACGUUGUCAAAGAGGAAGUGAAGGACGAAGCAGAAGAGAUGGAAGCAGUCUCCCACUCUGCUGAUUGGGCGAUGGGCUCUGUGCGCCGCGUCACCCAACAGCUGGAGCAGCGAAUGAGGCAGGACUCCCCUUCCCCACCUCCACCUUCCCUCCCCCCCACUCACCCUCAUCGUCGCUCCCCUCUCUUCUCUCACUCAAGAGAACACUCCCCUCCUGCCUCUCACCCCUUCCCAGAGACAAACUCCAACCCCCAGAAUGCACCACUCGGCCCGCAGGGGUCAGAGGUUAGCACUGUGCAGGAAAAGGGUGGGGGCUGUAGUCCUAUGGAGGAAGAUGGAGGACAGGAGGCUUGGAGAGAAGGUUUACAUGAAGACAGUGUCCAAAUGCACAAACACAACCUUAGUGAUGGCAGCCUUGCAUCUACCCUCCACCCUACCCCCAUGACCCCUCAACACUCUUCCCCCAUCACCCCUCUCCAUCCUACCCUAAACUCCGCCCUCGCCCCCCUCUCUUCAGUGGAUUUCCUGUGUCUGGAGGGGGUGACAGAGUUUGAGUCGGGCACAGACUGGGACAGUCUCCCGGGUCGAGGACCCCCCGGUGACGACGACAUGAGGGAGACAUGGGAAACUCUUCGGGAGCUGGGGGCGUUCCUUCGCCAGGUGAGCGGUGGUGGAGCCAAGGUACCCAGGUGUGUGGGCCAGGUGUGGGGGGAAGGUACACAGGCUAGGCAGAAAAGGGUCAGGGGUGGCGACAGACAGAGAGCCGGGGAGGUGGAGGCACGGAUUCGCCAGGCUGGUCUGACACCGCCCUCCCUGAUGAAGCGCUCUGCCUCAUUGGCUAAGCUGGGCUGCUUAGACCUGUCGGCCAAUGACCUGAGCAAUUGGGAUAUUAGCCCCACCUCUCCGGCGACACCCGCUGUGGAACUUCUCCUUCCUUCCACAGAAGCUGACGAGUCCUCCAGGAAACUGAGGGUGCUGUUCCACAAUGCCCUGUGUCCUUCUGUCUCGAGCAGCAGGCAAGAGUCCCUCACCAACAGAGCGGAGAGGCCUUGUGAGAGCAGGGACACACCCUCAGAACACUUGCAUUCUCCUAUGUCCAAUCAAGGCUGGCAGAAGGAGAAACAUCCUGACUCUGGCCAUGCCCUCUCGCUGACGUCUGACCUGAUCUCCGUGGCAACACGACAGCAGUAUGGAAGGACACACCCCCUACGUAGGCUGAAGAAAAGGACUGUCAGCACCCUCUACCACACUAUGUGACCCUCACUGUGUGUGUGUGAGAGAGUGUGAGAGAUGCAGAGUGAUGAGAGCUGGUCAAACACCAGCCACUUCCCUUAGCCCCUACCACCUUCCCUGGCAGAUGAUGUGUGGACAAUAUGCCGGCCGCCUCUAGGAUCAUUGGAAGGCUCGAUGGAUUAUAGCUAACACAAAGCUGAUCUCUUCAGGGCAUCGUGUAUGUAGUGACUCCUAGGAUGUGUAAUGUUUCUGGUUGCAUACUGUAUGUAGUGUGUAUUUGAGUCAUCAUUUUAGGAUGUGUCCUUUUGUUUUCUAUUGGUUGGAGUCUGAACUGUUUGUGUGAGGCAGAAUAUCUCCAUAAGUUUUAAAAUGUUUGUCACUUGUGUACAUAAUAGGAAGUGUGUGUGUGUGGGGGGGGGACUGAAAAGUGCAGUUUCUCCCUUCCCUUUCUAUCAGAAAUAACAAUGAUAUGGGGAGGUUUCUCAAAUAUGCACUUUAAUGUUUUUAGAUUUAUGGAUGGUUCCUACCCCUGGAGCUUAAUGUGAGUUGAAUAGUUGUGAGUAUUUUACAGUGCAGAAAUUUCAUUUCAUUUUAAAUCUGUAAAUAUUCUAAUUUUUUUAUGUGCUUAAACUGUGACCAAUAAAUAAUGACAACUUAACUCCGAUUGUUUCUCAAUAGGACCACAAAAUAGUUAUUUACGUAUGAAAUAUAGGCAUGACGAGAGAACUGUGUGCAACGUUGAAUUCAAUGGAAAUGGUUCUGUUCAGAACGACCAGUUGAGAACCAUUGUGAUUAUGGUGAGGGCAGAUCCCAUACGGUGUGCUGCAUGAGUUCUGACAUUUCAGAUGUUCACACCCAUAUUAAUCAGGCCACACCUCAACAUUCAAACCAUGUGUCAUUCAGUAUAAACCGCAAGGCAUGGCAAAUGUUGAAGCGAACUGAACGCACCCCAGUUCUUCCUCUGUCCUUUACUUCUCAAAGCUCAUUGGAGGAGGAAGUCCGAGGGAGGGGACCUUGGAUCCUCUCCUCCAAUGAGCUUUGAGAGGAAUUGAGAACUUAACUACUGUAAGUGAUAUCUUCAGACACAUUCAAGAGAGAGAAAUGGUAAUGGCAUCUUUUUGUAGCCAUGAACUCUGCCGUGGUUCGUUGGAGAAAAGCCGAAAAUAAGGUCUGUGAUAAACACAGGCUUAGGAAACUAAUCCGUUCUGAUAAUCAUCAGCUAAUGUCACUUCUUGAAUUAAAAAAAGGCUUCAUUAAGGUCAUGUUCACUGCUAUUAUCUCAGGACAAAAUAUUUAACAUCUCUUAAGCCUGAGUUCAAACUGACCAAAUGUUCUUAAUUUAUCCUAUAGGGAUGGCUGAACAAAGAUUUGACUGAGUUACAGUUCAUAUAAGUCAAUUGAAAUAUUAAUUAGGCCCUAAUCUAUAGAUUUCACAUGCCUGUGCAGGGGCGCAGUCCUAGGCCCACCCACUCAGAAUGAGUUUUUCCCCACUAAAGGGCUUUAUUGCAGAGGGAAAUACUCCUCAGCACUCCUCUUCAGAUGAUCCCGCCGGAUGUGGAGGUCCUGGGUUGCCGUGGUUACACGUGGUCUGCGAGUAUGAGGCCGGUUGGACGUACUGCCAACUUCUCUAAAAUGAUGUUGGAGGUGCCUUAUGUUAGAAAAAUGAACAUAAAAUUAUCUGGCAACAGCUCUGGUGGACAUUCCUGCAGUCAAUUGCACACACCCUCAAAACCUGAGACAUCUGUGGCAUUGUGUGAUAAAACGACACGUUUUAGAAUGACCUUGUAUUGUCCCUAGCACAAGGUGCACCUGUGUAAUGACCGUGCUGUUUAAUCAGCUUCUUGAUAUGCCACAACUGUCAGGUGGAUGGAUUAUCUUGGGAAAGGAGAAAUGCUCACUAACAGGGAGGUAAACGUGUGUGCAGAACAUUUUAAAGAAAUAAGCUUUUUGUAGUAUGGAACAUUUCUGGGAUAUUUUAUUUCAGCUCAUGAAACCAACAAUUUACAUGUGUUUAUAUUUUUGUUCAGUAUAAUUUCCAGGUUUUAGGACAACAACAAACUGGUGAGCUCUUUGCAAGCCCAAUCAAUGAUUACACUUUUAAUCGUUACCAUGUUUUCCACAGUGAGUCACUAGCUAAGUUUCCAUCCAAUUUGAGGAGUGGGGUUUCUACUAAACAGUCAGUUGCUGAUGACGUGCUUUUUUGCACCGAAUAAAAAAAAUGUUUCCAUCACAUUUUUUAACUCUACCGA